AUGGCCUCCGGACAGCCUCUUCCCGAUCCGCCGCCGCCGCCGUCGCCCCCGCGGGCACCCGCGCCCGAACCGGCGGCGAUGAAGUUAACACGCGGCCACUCGUGCGUCCUGUGUCAACAGAGAAAGGUCCGCUGUGAUAAACAAAAGCCGUGCGCCAACUGCGUCAAGGCGCAUGUCGAGUGCCGCGUGGUUCCGCCACAGCCACCCCGGCGUAGGAAGAAGAAACCCCAUGAGCGGGAUCUCAUUGACCGACUCCGAAAAUACGAGUCUCUGCUAUCUCAGCACGGCGUCAAUUUCGAGCCCAUCGCUCAUGACCUCAAGCCUUCAGAUCACGGAGACGAGGUUGCUGAUCUCGAGCAUGACCUUAUCGGGCUCAAAACGUCCCCGUCGAGCUCCGCCGACCAUGUCACGCCAGAUCAAGCUCAUGACAGACAAAAAUGGGCUCCGGUAGUCCACGAUUACCGAGGAGCAGAUGAAGAUUCGUCAGAUGAGGAUUACGAGGGGCCGACAAUACACAAUGCCUAUGACACCAUGUUCGAGAAUAGUGAUGGCUUUCCCUUCGUGGUUGGCGGUUCUCUGGCCAACAUAACAAACGUCCAUCCCCCCGCCGUUCAGAUGUUCCAGCUAUGGCAAAUCUACAUCAGCAACGUCAACCCGCUCCUGAAAAUCACCCACACGCCUACGUUGCAGGCGCAAAUCAUCACCGCCAGCGCCAAUCCGGCCAAGAUCUCAAAGCCUCUCGAGGUUCUCUUAUUUGCUAUCUACUUCGCCGCUAUCACUUCGCUGAGCGAAGAGGAGGUCCAGAGCACGUUCGGCGAAGACAAGGUCAUCCUCCUAGGAAAGUACCACAACGCCACCCAACAAGCGCUAGUCAAUGCCGGCUUCAUGCGGUCCCCCGAUUUGAUAGUGUUGCAGGCAUUCUUCCUCUACUUGCUAUGCGCCCGCCCGUAUGUUGACCCCCGAUCUAUGUUUUGCCUCCUCGGCAUGGCGUUUAGGAUUGCCACCCGUUUGGGCCUUCACCGGGAUGGGUCUCAGUCCGACAUGUCACCGUUCGAAGCCGAGCAACGAAGGCGACUAUGGUGGCAAAUUGUCGUCUUCGACAAACGUAUCGCCGAAAUCACUGGGUCAACGGUGACGGCAUUGACCUCCUGUGCCGUCGACACGAGAUUGCCGCUCAACAUUAAUGACGCAGACCUGAACGUACACGCCAAGGACCAACCCGGCCCAUACGGCGGGCCUACUGAAAUGGUCUUCUGCCUUACGCGCAUAGAGCUCACCGUCGCGGCGUCGCCCGAUAAUGUCCGGCGGACUAUUACGACUCCUGGGGGCCGGCAGCUACACAAGCCGAUGGUGCAUUUCAGCCCAUCCCCUUCGUCACCCGAUAUCGUGUCACACGUGGCUAACCAAAGCCUACCGGAUAACCUUGCGAAUUUCUGCGCAUAUGUGGAAAACUUGUACCUCAAACAGUGUGACCCCAAGAUCCCGCUGCACUACUUCACACUCCUCAUGACACGGCAAGCGCUGUGCAAACUGCGCAUCAUCGACUUCCUCUGUCGGACGGCCAACACCGAUAAUGUGGACCAAAGCGAGCGCGACAGCUAUUUCAUGGAAGCCCUCCGCAUGGUCGAGUAUGAUAACAUCAUCCAGAGCGCGGAUAUGCUUCAGGGAUUCCGAUGGUACACGUACGCUCACUUUCCCCUCCCGGCCUACCUCUGCCUGGUCUCGGAACUACGUCACAGAACCACAGGGGAGCUCUGCGAGCGCGCUUGGAGCGUCAUGAUCGAGAACCACGAUCGGCGCGGCCUCUUGCGACGCCUCAACCGCAACCCCCUGCACAUCGCCUUUGGCCGCUACUUCGUCAAGGCCUGGGACGCUCGCGAAGCCGCAGAACUGCAACUCGGCCGCUCACUUACCCCGCCCAAGGUGAUCAUGCUGCUCAGGGCCACCUUGGCCAAAACGACGAAACGACCUGUCCUAGCACCCCCGGCACGCAAUGGGACGAACAUGGGCGAGCCGAGCGGGAUUGGGCAACAUGUCCCCGUACAGCCUAUGAUGCCACCCGGGUCCGGGUCUGGACACGUCCCAGGAAACGUCCCAGGAAUGGCACCUGUGGGAGACAUGAACAUGGCUCCGGCCGGCAUGCCGUCCGCGGGAAUGUACCCCGGCAAGCCGAUGCCCCAGACGGCGCCGCCGCCGAUGCCGGGUAUUGGCGCGGGCAAUGCCAUGAUGAUGGACGAAUCGAUGAUGUACCAGGGGUACGACGACAUGGCGCCCAUGUAUAACAACCCGGGACCGAUGCAAGACCCGGAAGCCGGCGGGAUGGACUGGGAGUAUUUGGUCCAACUCACCUCGCUAAGCGGGUUCAACCCCGCGAAUGGCUAUUACGUCCAGGGUACUGGAGCGUAG